GCGCGGUGCACUUUGGGUAGGUCAUAGUGUGGAGGACUCCAUGUGUUACAGGCGGUGACAGCAGCGCGGAGCUCGUGUAACCGUGGUGUCCCCGUAGUCAGCCGCCCAGACCUGUAGUCAUGUUUCCCGCCGCCCGCUGCUGCUGGAGACUGCGGAGCGCCUCCCUGUGCAGGUUAGAGUGGUCUUCGGUGAGGUAUCUACGGACGUCCAGCGUGGUUCACACCGAACUCUUGCCCAGCCCGGCCUUGGACAAUGCACCCAAAGUAUAUCCCCCAAAAAUCCAGCAACUGGUAGACCAAAUAGCAAGCCUCACUCUGCUGGAAGUCUGCGACCUCAAUGAACUGCUGAAGAAAACGCUGAAGAUACAGGAUGUUGGUAUGAUGCCAAUGGGCGCAAUGAUGCCAGGUGCAGUUGGUGGCCCAGCGCCCACAGAGUCCGCAGAAGAGGAGGCAGCGCCAGUGAAGAAGGAGAAGACGCAUUUCACUAUAAAACUCACAGAGGUGAACCCGGCGGAUAAAGUCAAGGUCAUCAAGGAAGUGAAGAACUGCAUGCAGGGAGUGAACUUGGUGCAGGCCAAGAAGCUGGUGGAGUCACUGCCGCAAGAGAUCAAGGCGAAUGUGGCCAAAGAGGAAGCGGAGAAGAUGAAGGCGGCCCUGGAGGCUGCAGGAGGAAAGGUUGUGCUGGAGUGAAGCACUAAGGACUCUUUAAGACAGUUACUAUGGGUCAUUAUAUGGGGUUCUACCUCCUCAAGCCUCAGACUCCACAGACCCUCAUGCGGCUGGCCAAGGACAUCGACGGAAUGUGUGUUCUUGUCACCCGAAACAGGAGUGCUGCCUUAAGGUCCUCGGUGAUGAAAGUGGGGGCAGUGCCGCGGAGUGCGGUCUGGGUGGGGUUCAGUUUCUGUUUCUUCACCUCCCUCCAAGUACAGUGACCUUUCAAGCACUUCCCCGUUAAUCAGCUGUUUGCUCAUUAUCUAAUCUUGUUUUAUACAUUAAACUCUUACCUUCAGGCUG